AUGAAGGAUGAGAUAGCGGCCACCGUCUUCUUCAUCACCCGCCUGGCCAAAAGACACAGCAAGCUCAGCAAGCAGCAGAUGGAGAAGUUUGCAUCCACACUGACCACGCUUCUCUUCGAGAGGUACAAAAACCACUGGUAUCUCGACAAUCCCACCAAAGGACAAGGCUUCCGGUGCAUCAGGCUGAACCCCUUGCAGGCAAAGGACCCUCUCUUGGACCAAGCAUGCGCUGCCAGCAACGUGGACUUUCAGAGCCUGGGUUUACCCCGAGAGAUGACCAUCUGGGUCGACCCCUUUGACGUCUGCUGCAGAUACGGCGAGAAAAACCCGGCGUUCACCGUGGCUCACUUCACAGGCCAAGAGAGCGACCACAACGUGUCUCAGGGCAUCUGGCAGGCGGUGGAGAAGGCGUCCUCCUCCACCUCCGAUUAUCACUCCGGGACUUCUUCUGAGGAGGACGGCACCACCAGGGAGCCCAAAAGCAUCCCAACAGUUAGCAAUCCCAACAGCAUCUAUCAGUGCUUCCAGUACAGUGACCCAUUCCCCCUCUGGUCCCAGUAUUCUCAACGAAGAUGCUUCGUUCCUGAUGGCAUCCAACCGAACCCUGCUACUGCUUACUAUCUCCACUACAAGGGGUAUAAAGCCUGCCGCCCAUCGUUGCCGUUCAGUUUCCCGCGAGUGGACAGGUACCACUGGGUCAGUUCCAGUCAAUAA